GGCCGCCGAGGGGCGGGGCCGGAGGGUUUAAACCGGGAGGCGCCGGGCGCAGGCGGAGGAGCGACCCGGGACCGCCGCCGCAGCGCUGGGGCCACCGUGCGGGCAGGGAGCAAACCGUGGAUCUUGGCUGAGUGAGUCUUGCGCAGCCGCCCAGGCACCAUGAAUGGCCACGCCUCUUCUCUUGACGUCCUGGUCACCAAUGGCACUGAGCUGGCCGCAGUCCCCAAGUCUGUGAAGGCCACGCUGGGAGCCGACGCCCCCUCUGAGCCCCAGGCCCAGGCGCCUGCAUCCGCCCAGGCCAGGGGCAUUGCCGGGGUGUACGUGGAGGCCUCCGGCCAGGCCCAGAGCCUCUACGCUGCCAUGAAGCAGGGUCUCCUGCCCUUUGGGCUUGGGCUGGCCCUGCUGGAAGCCCAGGCAGCCACUGGGGGCCUGGUGGACCCCGCCCAGGGCCGGCCGCUCCUUGUGUCCGAGGCCCUGCAGCAGGGCCUGGUGGGCCUGGAGCUGAAGGAGAAGCUGCUGGCUGCCGAGCGUGCCGUCACGGGUUACCCCGACCCUUACGGGGGUGAGAGACUGGCCCUCUUCCAGGCCAUCGGGAAGGAGGUUGUGGGCAGGGCGCUGGGGUGGAGCUGGCUGGAGGCCCAGCUGGCCACGGGGGGCCUGGUGGACCCCACCCGGGGCGGGCGUGUGGCCCCCGAGCUAGCCUGUCAACAGGGCCUUCUGGACCAGGAGACGUGGCGCGGGCUCACGGAGCUCGGGCCCGGCUCGAGUGCCCCGGGCUUCCUGGACCCCAACACGCUGGAAGAGCUGCCAUACCGCGAGCUGCUGGGCAGGUGCGUGCGGGCCCCUGGCUCGGGCCUGGCCCUGUUGCCUCUCAAGACCACUUUCCGCACCCUGAGUGGCGCGGUGAGCUUGGCCGAGCUUCUGGAGGUGGGGAUCCUGGACCCGGGGACGGCCCGAGGCCUGCGGGAGGGCGGGCUGGCCGUGCAGGACGUGAGUGCUCGCGCCGAGGUGCAGCGCUACCUGCAGGGCACAGGCGGCAUGGCAGGGGUCGUCCUGCUGCCUGCGGGGCACAAGAAGAGCUUCUUCCAGGCCGCCGCUGAGCACCUGCUCCCCGCAGGCGCCACGCUUCCACUCCUGGAGGCUCAGGCUGCCACCUGCACGCUGGUGGACCCAGCCACCGGCCGGCAGCUCUGCGUCGACGAGGCGGUCCGGGCAGGCCUGGUUGGCCCAGAGCUCCACAGGCAGCUCCUGGCGGCAGAGCAGGCAGUGAUGGGCUACCCUGACCCUUUCAGUGGCACCCGCAUCCCCCUGUUCCAGGCCAUGAAAAAGGAGCUGGUGGACAGGCCUCUGGCACUGAGGCUCCUGGAUGCCCAGCUGGCCACAGGCGGGCUAGUGUGUCCCACCCGCAGGCUCCGGCUGCCCUUGGAGGCUGCCCUGCGCUUCGGCUGCUUGGACGAAGAGACUCAGCAGCACCUCUCGCAGGCUGCUGGCUUUUCAGACCCUGGCACGCAGGAGAGCCUCAGCUAUGGGCAGCUGCUAGCCCGCUGUGUCACUGACCCGGAGACGGGGCUGGCCUUCCUGCCCGUCUCAGCAGGGAGCCUUGGGGAGGAGCCACGGGGGCCUCCGUUCAUCGAGCACAGCACCCGGCAGGCCCUGAGGGCUGCCACAGCCACCAUCUCUGUGGGCAAGUUCCAGGGCCGGCCGGUGUCACUCUGGGAGCUGCUCUUCUCUGAGGCGGUCCCCGUGGAGCAGAGGAUAACACUAACCCAGCAGCACAAGGACGGGGCUCUCUCAGUGGACGAGGUGGCAGCUGCACUGAGGGCCACCCUCGAGCAGGCUGCAGCCUCUGCCAGGCCUACCUUCCCUGGGCUGAGGGUCCCGGUGACUCCAGGAGAGCUGCUGACAGCCGAGAUCAUUGACCAGGACGUGUUCGAGCAGCUGGAACGAGGACAGGCCACGGCCCAGGACGUGGGCAGCCUGGACUCCGUGCAGAGGUACCUGCAGGGCACCGGCUGCAUCGCCGGCGUCCUGCCGCCUGGGUCCCAGGAGCCCCUCGGUAUUCGCGAGGCCUGUGGGAAGGGGCUUCUCAGACCCGGCACUGCCCUCAUCCUGCUGGAGGCACAGGCGGCCACCGGCUUCAUCAUCGACCCCAAAGAAAAUAGGAGGUACUCGGUGGAGGAGGCACUGAGAGCUGGUGUCAUCGGGCCUGAGAUGUUCGAGAAGCUGCUGUCGGCCGAGCGCGCCGUCACCGGCUACACGGACCCCUACACCGGGGAGCAGAUCUCCCUCUUCCAGGCCAUGAAGAAGGACCUCAUCGUCCGCGAGCACGGCCUCCGCCUGCUGGAGGCCCAGAUCGCCACGGGCGGCGUCAUCGACCCCGUGCACAGCCACCGCGUGCCCGUGGACGUGGCCUACCAGCGCGGCUACUUCGACGAGGAGCUGAGCCGCGUGCUGGAGGACCCCAGCGACGACACCAAGGGCUUCUUCGACCCCAACACGCACGAGAACCUCACCUACAUGCAGCUGCUGGAGCGCUGCGUGCGCGACCCAGACACGGGGCUCUUCCUGCUGCCGCUCACAAGCUCGCGGCCCCAGCUGGUGGACGGUGCCACCCGGCAGGCCUUCCAGAGUUUGCUGAUCUUGGUGAAGUUUGGGCGGUUCCGGGGACAGAAGGUCUCGGCGUGGGACCUCCUCAACUCGGAAUACUUCAGCGAGACGGCGCGGCGGCGGCUCUUGCAGCGCUACCGGCUGCGCCAGGUCUCGCUGGAGGAGAUCUCGGAGCUGCUGGAGAGAGAGAUGGAGAGGUGGGCAGACAUCACGCUGCCCGCGCUGCGGGGCCGGGUCACCGCCUACCAGCUCCUGGAGGCCCGCAUCAUCGACCAGGAGCUCCUGGCCCGGGUGCUGGCAGGGGCCGUCAGCCCCGAGGCCCUGCUCCGCAUGGACCAGGUCCGCAGGUACCUGCGCGGCUCGGGCGCGGUGGGCGGCGUGCUGCUGCAGCCCUCCAACCGGCGGCUCAGCCUCUACCAGGCCAUGAAGCAGAAGCUGCUGGGGCCGGGUGUGGCCCUGGCUCUGCUGGAGGCCCAGGCGGCCACCGGCGCCAUCACUGACGCCUGCAGCCUGGAGGCCGUGUCUGUGGACGAGGCCGUGCGCAGAGAGCUGGUAGGGCCGGAGCUCUGCGGCAGGCUGAGACAGGCCGAGGACGCGGUCACCGGCCUGCAAGACCCCUUCUCUGGGAAGAGAGUGUCCCUGUUCCAGGCCAUGAGGAAGGGCCUUGUCCCUGUGGAGCAGGCUGUCCGCCUCCUGGACGCCCAGGUGGCCACAGGAGGGGUCAUUGACCCCACGGGCCACCACCACCUCCCCAUGCCCGUGGCCAUCCAGCGGGGCUGUGUCGACCAGGACAUGGAGUUGGCCUUGUCCAGCUGCGAGCCCUUCCCCACGCCGGACGGCCGGGGGCACACCAGCUAUGCCCAGCUUCUGGAGCAGUGUGUGAGGGACGAGGCCUCCGGCCUUCAUCUCCUGCCGCUGUCGGAAAGCGCUCCCGCAGUCCCCACAGACGAGCAGCUCCAGGAGACCCUGCAGGCCACUCGGGGAGAGGACGGCACAUCCGUCUGGGAGCUUCUGGGCUCCUGCCACUUCACUGAGGAGCAGCGGAGGGCCUUCCUGGAGGACUUCAGAGUGGGGAAGUCCACGGCACAGCAGCUGCUGGAAGCUCUGCAGAGGGGGCUGCGGGAGGCAGAGCUCCUGGCGCGGGCCCGCGUCGCACUGCCUGGCCCACGGGGUGAGGUUCCUGCUGUCUGGCUGCUGGAUGCUGGCGUCAUCACCCAGGAGACCCUGGCAGCACUGGUCCAGGGUGUGUGGUCACCCACAGAGGUCGCCAGGCAGCCUGGGGUGCAGGCCUGCUUGUGGGGCAUGGGGUGCGUGGCCGGGGUGCUGCUGCCCUCGGGCGCCAAGGCGAGCAUUGCCCAGGCUGUGAGGGAUGGCCUCCUGCCUGUGGGCCUGGGGCAGAGGCUGCUGGAGGCCCAGGUGGCGUCUGGCUCUCUCAUCGACCCUCUGACCAGCCAGAGGCUCUCAGUGGAAGGUGCCGUCAAGGCCGGCCUAGUGGCCGGGGCCCUGAGUGAGCGGCUCCGGCAUGUGGAGAGGGUGGUGGCUGGGUACACGGACCCCUACUCGGGGGGCUCCCUCUCACUGUGGCAGGCUGUGGAGAAGGGGCUGGUGCCCCAGAGCGAGGGCUUCCCCCUCCUGCAGGCACAGCUGGCCACGGGGGGCGCCAUGGACCCUGACCACGGGGUUCACCUGCCCCAGGCGGCAGCCUGCAGGCUCGGCCUGCUGGAUGAACGGACGAGCACGAAGCUGACCUCAACAGAGGAUGACGUGAAGUUCUUCUUUGACCCCAGUGCACGGGACAGAGUGACAUACGAGCAGCUCAAGGAGCGCUGUGUCCUGGACGCCGACACUGGCCUGUGGCUGCUGCCAGUCCCUCAGGACGUGGCCCUAGCGGUGGACGAGCACACGGCGGUGGCCCUGAGGGCCAUGAAGGUGCCCGUAGGCGCGGGGAGGUUCAGAGGGCUCAGCGUGUCGCUGUGGGACCUGCUGCACUCCGAGUACGUCGGGGCCCAGAGGCGACAGGAGCUGGCGGUGCUCUGCCAGUCUGGAAGGGCCACAGCCCUGCGGCAGGUGGUCCGUGAGGUCACCUCCCUGGUUGAGGCCUCAGAGGCACAGCCUUCGAAGGCCACUUUCAGAGGGCUCCGGAAACAGGUGUCCGCCAGCGACCUGUUCCGGUCCCAGCUGAUCGACAAGAAGACGCUGGAUGAGCUGAAUCAGGGGAAGAAGUCGGUGCGGGAGGUGACAGCCAUGGACGGGGUGAGGCGCUUCUUGGAAGGAGGCAAUUUCAUCGCCGGGGUCCUUGUCCAGAGCACGAAGGAGAAGAUGAGCAUCUCAGAGGCGCUGAGGAGGCACAUCCUGCGGCCCGGCACGGCCCUGGUGCUGCUGGAGGCGCAGGCGGCCACCGGCUUCCUCAUCGACCCCGUGGAGAACCGGAAGCUGACUGUGCAGGAGGCGUUUGAGGCGGGGAUGUUUGGCAGAGAAACCUACCAGAAGCUGCUGUCGGCCGAGCGCGCCGUCACCGGCUACACGGACCCCUACACCGGGGAGCAGAUCUCCCUCUUCCAGGCCAUGAAGAAGGACCUCAUCGUCCGCGAGCACGGCAUCCGCCUGCUGGAGGCCCAGAUCGCCACGGGCGGCAUCAUCGACCCCGUGCGCAGCCACCGCGUGCCCGUGGCCGUGGCCUACCAGCGCGGCUACUUCGACGAGGAGAUGAGCCGCGUGCUGGAGGACCCCAGCGACGACACCAAGGGCUUCUUCGACCCCAACACGCACGAGAACCUCACCUACAUGCAGCUGCUGGAGCGCUGCGUGCGCGACCCGGACACGGGGCUCUUCCUGCUCCAAGUCGUAAAGAAAGGAGAAACCUAUGUGUACAUCGACGAAGCCACGAGGCAGGCUCUGCGAAACAGAACCGCCAGGAUGCCCGUGGGGAGCUUCGCGGAUCAGACCGUCUCUCUGUGGGACCUGCUGUGCUCUCAGUACUUCACGGAGGAGAGGAAGAGGGCGCUUGUCCAGGAGUACAGAGCCCAGAAGCUGAGCCUGGAGGCCCUGCUGGAGAGCAUCACCACGACCGUCCAAGACACAGAAGCGAAGAACCAGGUCAUCAAGGUGGCGGGCAUCGGUGGGGAGGUGACCGCUGCGGAGCUGUUCAACUCGGGAGUCGUCGAUAAAGAGACGCUGGACCAGGUGGCCGAGGCGGAGGGCGGGGGGCCAGGCCUCGGCAGCCUGCCGCACGUGCGGGCCUAUCUGGAAGGCAGCGGCUGCAUUGCAGGGGUGACCACGCCCACGGCCCACGAGGUGAUGGGCAUUUAUGACGCCAGCAGGAAAGGACUGCUCCCGCCAGAGGUGGCGGCUCAGCUCCUGGAAGCGCAGGCAGCCACAGGGUUCAUGCUGGACCCCUGCCGCCAGCAGAAGUUCUCUGUGGACGAGGCUGUGGCCGCCGGCCUCGUGGGGGAAGAGCUGCAGGAAAGGCUCCUGAGCGCUGAGACGGCCGCCAAAGGCUACCCCGACCCGGAAACAGGACACACCAUCUCGCUGUUCCAGGCCAUGAAGAGAAAGCUAGUGAAACGGGACUGGGCGCUGAGGCUGCUCGAGGUGCAGGUGGCCACGGGGGGCCUUGUGGACUCAGAGCACCACCACCGGCUUCCACUGGACGUGGCCUACAGACGGGGCUAUCUGCACCCCGACACUUACCCACUCAUUGCGGAUCAGAAGUGCAUGAAUAAGAGGUUUGUGGAUCCCAGCAGGCGUGAGAAAGUGACCUAUCAGGAGCUGCAAGAGAGGAGCCACAGGCAGGAGAGCACAGGCUGGGCCCUGCUCCCCUUACUCAGUAACCAAGAAGACGAUGCUGUGAUAGACGAGGCAACGAGAAGGGCCCUCGCUGCCGAGCAAGUGGAGGUCACAGUGGGAAGAUUCAAGGGCCAGAGGCCAACGGUCUGGGACUUGCUAAACUCGGAAUAUGUGACCGAAGAGAAGAAGCUUGAGUUAGUAGCAAAAUACAAAAGAGAUACAAAACACGAAUUAGAAAAGGUCGUAAAGGUUAUUCUACAAAUCAUUGAAGAGAAUGAGAAGAAGAAACAGCAGCUGUGGUUCAGAGGGAUCAGGACACAGGUAACAGCCGCAGACCUCUUCCACGCAGCCGUCAUCAGCAGGGAGAUGCUGGCGGACCUGGAAGGGGGGCGGGCCUCCGUGGACGAAGUCCAACAGCAAGAACCGGUCCGGCGCUACCUGGAGGGCACCAGCUGCAUCGCGGGCGUGCUGGUGCCGGCCAAGGACGAGCCCGGGCGCCAGGAGAAGAUGAGCAUCUACCAGGCCAUGUGGAAGGGCGUCCUGCGGCCCGGCACGGCCCUGGUGCUGCUGGAGGCGCAGGCGGCCACCGGCUUCGUCAUCGACCCCGUGCGCAACCAGAAGCUGUCCGUGGAGGAGGCGGUGGCCGCGGGCGUGGUGGGCGGCGAGCUGCGGGAGAAGCUGCUGUCGGCCGAGCGCGCCGUCACCGGCUACACGGACCCCUACACCGGGGAGCAGAUCUCCCUCUUCCAGGCCAUGAAGAAGGACCUCAUCGUCCGCGAGCACGGCAUCCGCCUGCUGGAGGCCCAGAUCGCCACGGGCGGCGUCAUCGACCCCGUGCGCAGCCACCGCGUGCCCGUGGACGUGGCCUACCAGCGCGGCUACUUCGACGAGGAGAUGAGCCGCGUGCUGGAGGACCCCAGCGACGACACCAAGGGCUUCUUCGACCCCAACACGCACGAGAACCUCACCUACAUGCAGCUGCUGCGCCGCUGCGUGCGCGACCCGGACACGGGGCUCUUCAUGCUGCAGCUGGCCGGCCCGGGCUCCGCCGUGCACCAGCUGGGCGAGGAGCUGCGCGCCGCCCUGCGUGACGCCCGCGUGACGCUGGGCUCGGGCCUCCUCCGGGGCCAGAGCGCCUCCGUCUGGGAGCUCCUCUUCUACCGGGAGGUGUCCGAGAGCCAGCGGCAGGACCUGCUGGGCCGGUACCGGGCGGGCUCGCUGACCGCGCAGGAGGUGGGCGCCGCCCUCGCCUCGCUGCUGGCCCGGGCCGGGGCCGAGGCGGAGGCCGGGGCCGGGGCCGGGGCGGGGCCCCGCCCCGGCGUCCCCGACCCUGGGGCGGCCCUGCGUGCCGCCACCAUGGAGGUCCGGGUGGGCCGCCUGCGGGGGCCCGCGGUGCCCGUGUGGGACGUGCUGGCGUCCAGCUACGUGAGCGGCGCCACGCGGGAGCAGCUGCUGGCCCAGUUCGGUUCGGGGGCGCUGGGCUUGCCCGCGCUGACCCGCAGGCUGACCACCAUCGUCGAGGAGGCCGAGGAGGCCCGCGGGACCCAGGGCCCGCCGGCGGGCCACGGCCACGGCGACGCGGGCCCCUCUCCGGGCCAGGGCCAGGCCGAGGCCGAGGCCGCCAGGGCCCUGCAGGAGCAGACCCUGCGGGCUGCCACCAUGGAGGUGUGGGCCGGGCGGUUCCGCGGGCAGCCGGUCUCCGUGUGGGACGUCCUCUCCUCCUCCUACCUGGGCCAGGCCCGCCGGGACGAGCUCCUGGCCCAGCACGCGGCCGGCGCCCUGGCCCUGCCCGCCCUGGUCGCCACCCUCACCCAGGUCAUCGAGGAGACGGAGGAGCGGCUGAGCAAGGUGUCCUUCCGGGGCCUGAGGCGCCAGGUGUCCGCGUCCGAGCUGCACACGUCCGGGAUCCUGGGCCCCGAGACCCUGCGUGACCUGGCCCAGGGCACCAGGACCCUGCAGGAGGUGACGGAGAUGGACGCGGUGAAGCGCUACCUGGAGGGCACCAGCUGCAUCGCGGGCGUGCUGGUGCCGGCCAAGGACGAGCCCGGGCGCCAGGAGAAGAUGAGCAUCUACCAGGCCAUGUGGAAGGGCGUCCUGCGGCCCGGCACGGCCCUGGUGCUGCUGGAGGCGCAGGCGGCCACCGGCUUCGUCAUCGACCCCGUGCGCAACCAGAAGCUGUCCGUGGAGGAGGCGGUGGCCGCGGGCGUGGUGGGCGGCGAGCUGCGGGAGAAGCUGCUGUCGGCCGAGCGCGCCGUCACCGGCUACACGGACCCCUACACCGGGGAGCAGAUCUCCCUCUUCCAGGCCAUGAAGAAGGACCUCAUCGUCCGCGAGCACGGCAUCCGCCUGCUGGAGGCCCAGAUCGCCACGGGCGGCGUCAUCGACCCCGUGCGCAGCCACCGCGUGCCCGUGGACGUGGCCUACCAGCGCGGCUACUUCGACGAGGAGAUGAGCCGCGUGCUGGAGGACCCCAGCGACGACACCAAGGGCUUCUUCGACCCCAACACGCACGAGAACCUCACCUACAUGCAGCUGCUGCGCCGCUGCGUGCGCGACCCGGACACGGGGCUCUUCAUGCUGCAGCUGGCCGGCCCGGGCUCCGCCGUGCACCAGCUGGGCGAGGAGCUGCGCGCCGCCCUGCGUGACGCCCGCGUGACGCUGGGCUCGGGCCUCCUCCGGGGCCAGAGCGCCUCCGUCUGGGAGCUCCUCUUCUACCGGGAGGUGUCCGAGAGCCAGCGGCAGGACCUGCUGGGCCGGUACCGGGCGGGCUCGCUGACCGCGCAGGAGGUGGGCGCCGCCCUCGCCUCGCUGCUGGCCCGGGCCGGGGCCGAGGCGGAGGCCGGGGCCGGGGCCGGGGCGGGGGCCCCGCUCCCCGGCGUCCCCGACCCUGGGGCGGCCCUGCGUGCCGCCACCAUGGAGGUCCGGGUGGGCCGCCUGCGGGGGCCCGCGGUGCCCGUGUGGGACGUGCUGGCGUCCAGCUACGUGAGCGGCGCCACGCGGGAGCAGCUGCUGGCCCAGUUCGGUUCGGGGGCGCUGGGCUUGCCCGCGCUGACCCGCAGGCUGACCACCAUCGUCGAGGAGGCCGAGGAGGCCCGCGGGACCCAGGGCCCGCCGGCGGGCCACGGCCACGGCGACGCGGGCCCCUCUCCGGGCCAGGGCCAGGGCCAGGCCGAGGCCGAGGCCGCCAGGGCCCUGCAGGAGCAGACCCUGCGGGCUGCCACCAUGGAGGUGCGGGCCGGGCGGUUCCGCGGGCAGCCGGUCUCCGUGUGGGACGUCCUCUCCUCCUCCUACCUGGGCCAGGCCCGCCGGGACGAGCUCCUGGCCCAGCACGCGGCCGGCGCCCUGGCCCUGCCCGCCCUGGUCGCCACCCUCACCCAGGUCAUCGAGGAGACGGAGGAGCGGCUGAGCAAGGUGUCCUUCCGGGGCCUGAGGCGCCAGGUGUCCGCGUCCGAGCUGCACACGUCCGGGAUCCUGGGCCCCGAGACCCUGCGUGACCUGGCCCAGGGCACCAGGACCCUGCAGGAGGUGACGGAGAUGGACGCGGUGAAGCGCUACCUGGAGGGCACCAGCUGCAUCGCGGGCGUGCUGGUGCCGGCCAAGGACGAGCCCGGGCGCCAGGAGAAGAUGAGCAUCUACCAGGCCAUGUGGAAGGGCGUCCUGCGGCCCGGCACGGCCCUGGUGCUGCUGGAGGCGCAGGCGGCCACCGGCUUCGUCAUCGACCCCGUGCGCAACCAGAAGCUGUCCGUGGAGGAGGCGGUGGCCGCGGGCGUGGUGGGCGGCGAGCUGCGGGAGAAGCUGCUGUCGGCCGAGCGCGCCGUCACCGGCUACACGGACCCCUACACCGGGGAGCAGAUCUCCCUCUUCCAGGCCAUGAAGAAGGACCUCAUCGUCCGCGAGCACGGCAUCCGCCUGCUGGAGGCCCAGAUCGCCACGGGCGGCGUCAUCGACCCCGUGCGCAGCCACCGCGUGCCCGUGGACGUGGCCUACCAGCGCGGCUACUUCGACGAGGAGAUGAGCCGCGUGCUGGAGGACCCCAGCGACGACACCAAGGGCUUCUUCGACCCCAACACGCACGAGAACCUCACCUACAUGCAGCUGCUGCGCCGCUGCGUGCGCGACCCGGACACGGGGCUCUUCAUGCUGCAGCUGGCCGGCCCGGGCUCCGCCGUGCACCAGCUGGGCGAGGAGCUGCGCGCCGCCCUGCGUGACGCCCGCGUGACGCUGGGCUCGGGCCUCCUCCGGGGCCAGAGCGCCUCCGUCUGGGAGCUCCUCUUCUACCGGGAGGUGUCCGAGAGCCAGCGGCAGGACCUGCUGGGCCGGUACCGGGCGGGCUCGCUGACCGCGCAGGAGGUGGGCGCCGCCCUCGCCUCGCUGCUGGCCCGGGCCGGGGCCGAGGCGGAGGCCGGGGCCGGGGCCGGGGCGGGGGCCCCGCUCCCCGGCGUCCCCGACCCUGGGGCGGCCCUGCGUGCCGCCACCAUGGAGGUCCGGGUGGGCCGCCUGCGGGGGCCCGCGGUGCCCGUGUGGGACGUGCUGGCGUCCAGCUACGUGAGCGGCGCCACGCGGGAGCAGCUGCUGGCCCAGUUCGGUUCGGGGGCGCUGGGCUUGCCCGCGCUGACCCGCAGGCUGACCACCAUCGUCGAGGAGGCCGAGGAGGCCCGCGGGACCCAGGGCCCGCCGGCGGGCCACGGCCACGGCGACGCGGGCCCCUCUCCGGGCCAGGGCCAGGGCCAGGCCGAGGCCGAGGCCGCCAGGGCCCUGCAGGAGCAGACCCUGCGGGCUGCCACCAUGGAGGUGCGGGCCGGGCGGUUCCGCGGGCAGCCGGUCUCCGUGUGGGACGUCCUCUCCUCCUCCUACCUGGGCCAGGCCCGCCGGGACGAGCUCCUGGCCCAGCACGCGGCCGGCGCCCUGGCCCUGCCCGCCCUGGUCGCCACCCUCACCCAGGUCAUCGAGGAGACGGAGGAGCGGCUGAGCAAGGUGUCCUUCCGGGGCCUGAGGCGCCAGGUGUCCGCGUCCGAGCUGCACACGUCCGGGAUCCUGGGCCCCGAGACCCUGCGUGACCUGGCCCAGGGCACCAGGACCCUGCAGGAGGUGACGGAGAUGGACGCGGUGAAGCGCUACCUGGAGGGCACCAGCUGCAUCGCGGGCGUGCUGGUGCCGGCCAAGGACGAGCCCGGGCGCCAGGAGAAGAUGAGCAUCUACCAGGCCAUGUGGAAGGGCGUCCUGCGGCCCGGCACGGCCCUGGUGCUGCUGGAGGCGCAGGCGGCCACCGGCUUCGUCAUCGACCCCGUGCGCAACCAGAAGCUGUCCGUGGAGGAGGCGGUGGCCGCGGGCGUGGUGGGCGGCGAGCUGCGGGAGAAGCUGCUGUCGGCCGAGCGCGCCGUCACCGGCUACACGGACCCCUACACCGGGGAGCAGAUCUCCCUCUUCCAGGCCAUGAAGAAGGACCUCAUCGUCCGCGAGCACGGCAUCCGCCUGCUGGAGGCCCAGAUCGCCACGGGCGGCGUCAUCGACCCCGUGCGCAGCCACCGCGUGCCCGUGGACGUGGCCUACCAGCGCGGCUACUUCGACGAGGAGAUGAGCCGCGUGCUGGAGGACCCCAGCGACGACACCAAGGGCUUCUUCGACCCCAACACGCACGAGAACCUCACCUACAUGCAGCUGCUGCGCCGCUGCGUGCGCGACCCGGACACGGGGCUCUUCAUGCUGCAGCUGGCCGGCCCGGGCUCCGCCGUGCACCAGCUGGGCGAGGAGCUGCGCGCCGCCCUGCGUGACGCCCGCGUGACGCUGGGCUCGGGCCUCCUCCGGGGCCAGAGCGCCUCCGUCUGGGAGCUCCUCUUCUACCGGGAGGUGUCCGAGAGCCAGCGGCAGGACCUGCUGGGCCGGUACCGGGCGGGCUCGCUGACCGCGCAGGAGGUGGGCGCCGCCCUCGCCUCGCUGCUGGCCCGGGCCGGGGCCGAGGCGGAGGCCGGGGCCGGGGCCGGGGCGGGGGCCCCGCUCCCCGGCGUCCCCGACCCUGGGGCGGCCCUGCGUGCCGCCACCAUGGAGGUCCGGGUGGGCCGCCUGCGGGGGCCCGCGGUGCCCGUGUGGGACGUGCUGGCGUCCAGCUACGUGAGCGGCGCCACGCGGGAGCAGCUGCUGGCCCAGUUCGGUUCGGGGGCGCUGGGCUUGCCCGCGCUGACCCGCAGGCUGACCACCAUCGUCGAGGAGGCCGAGGAGGCCCGCGGGACCCAGGGCCCGCCGGCGGGCCACGGCCACGGCGACGCGGGCCCCUCUCCGGGCCAGGGCCAGGGCCAGGGCCAGGGCCAGGCCGAGGCCGAGGCCGCCAGGGCCCUGCAGGAGCAGACCCUGCGGGCUGCCACCAUGGAGGUGCGGGCCGGGCGGUUCCGCGGGCAGCCGGUCUCCGUGUGGGACGUCCUCUCCUCCUCCUACCUGGGCCAGGCCCGCCGGGACGAGCUCCUGGCCCAGCACGCGGCCGGCGCCCUGGCCCUGCCCGCCCUGGUCGCCACCCUCACCCAGGUCAUCGAGGAGACGGAGGAGCGGCUGAGCAAGGUGUCCUUCCGGGGCCUGAGGCGCCAGGUGUCCGCGUCCGAGCUGCACACGUCCGGGAUCCUGGGCCCCGAGACCCUGCGUGACCUGGCCCAGGGCACCAGGACCCUGCAGGAGGUGACGGAGAUGGACGCGGUGAAGCGCUACCUGGAGGGCACCAGCUGCAUCGCGGGCGUGCUGGUGCCGGCCAAGGACGAGCCCGGGCGCCAGGAGAAGAUGAGCAUCUACCAGGCCAUGUGGAAGGGCGUCCUGCGGCCCGGCACGGCCCUGGUGCUGCUGGAGGCGCAGGCGGCCACCGGCUUCGUCAUCGACCCCGUGCGCAACCAGAAGCUGUCCGUGGAGGAGGCGGUGGCCGCGGGCGUGGUGGGCGGCGAGCUGCGGGAGAAGCUGCUGUCGGCCGAGCGCGCCGUCACCGGCUACACGGACCCCUACACCGGGGAGCAGAUCUCCCUCUUCCAGGCCAUGAAGAAGGACCUCAUCGUCCGCGAGCACGGCAUCCGCCUGCUGGAGGCCCAGAUCGCCACGGGCGGCGUCAUCGACCCCGUGCGCAGCCACCGCGUGCCCGUGGACGUGGCCUACCAGCGCGGCUACUUCGACGAGGAGAUGAGCCGCGUGCUGGAGGACCCCAGCGACGACACCAAGGGCUUCUUCGACCCCAACACGCACGAGAACCUCACCUACAUGCAGCUUUUGCAGCGAGCUACUCGUGACCCAGAUACAGGCCUUUUGUUUCUUUCUCUGUCUGGAAAGUGAUUGGAUGUUAUUUCUGUUUUUGUGUUCUUGUCUCUGAAUAUAAUUGGAACAAUUUGUUAACAUUUUCUUAUCCUUAAUUGCUUUUUUCAUUUUAUCUCUUUAGUAGUUUUCCUGUUCUUUGCUCUUUACCCCCCCUGCAUUUUUUUUCCUUAUGACCUUACAUUUGCAUUAUAAUAAAGUCGCUCACUUGCACAGUA